UCGCAUCAGCAACACUCCGCGCAUCCCUUCAUGCGCGCUCUGGACACGGAUGUGGAGGCGGAGGAGGGGGUCUCGCGCUCUCACCGUCUCUCUUUCUCUUUCUCUCAGUUCAGCCAUUUAAACCAACCCAUAGCUACAUCAAGAGGAGGCUACUGACACCGAGACGCCCUGCUUGGAUCACAUUAUUUUGCUCGGCUUUUUCAAGAGGAGCGUCGCACGGGAUGUCAAGCCUCCUGGAGAACCCUCUGCAGGCGGUGCUCUAUCUGAAGGAGCUCACCGCCAUCGUGCAGAAUCAACAGAGUCUGAUCCAAACCCAGCGAUACCGGAUAGACAUACUCGAGCGCCGGCUGGAGGAUCUAGCGGGUGAGAACCGGCAGCUCCGGGACUCCAGCAGCAGCCAUCACCGGCACCCUCCCCGCUAUCACCCGCCUCCGCCCCCCCGCACCUCCAGCCUGCCCCGAACCAGCAGAGCCGGGACACCCCCGGUUAGUCAAACUCAGCAGGAGCAUCAUUCCCCUCUGGACAUGCAGCUCGUGCCUGCUGGACCCAGCAAUGCCAGUCCGGACUCUGCUGAUGAAGAUGAUGAUGAAGCUCAGAACCCCUGCUGUAGGUCCCUGGUCCCACAGACACCUGCCACCUUGUGCCGAGCUGUGGGACUCCCACGGACAUCUGAGAGUCAGACCGUCUUGCACCAGUUCUGCUGUCCAGCACCAGAGGCCCCAGAGGGAGAAUCCAAAACCUGCUCCAGCUCGAUUCCUGCUGCGGGAGAGGAACAGAGAGAUGAGAAAAAAGACGGUCAGCCUGACGUGCCGCCCUGCUCACAUCCUCCAGAAUAUGAGCUCUCUCCUGAUCUCAAACAAAAACAGAUAGAGGAACUGGAGCAAAAGUACGGUGGUCCUUUGAUUUCGCGGCGUGCGGCCUGUAAGAUUCAGAUGGCGUUCCGCCAGUACCAGCUCAGCAAGAACUUCCAGAAGAUCCGUAACUCAGUUCUGGAGAGUGGGAUCCCGCGGCGUAUGUCGGUGCGCAGGGUCCGGGUGCAGAGGGAAAGUUUCUCUGCUGAGCGGGCGCUGAUGGAAGGAUGCUCGCUCAUGGGCAUCCCGCUCACACACUCCACAUCACUGCCGGUGACCACAACAACCACACUCACACACCUGGAGGACACAUUCACCGAACAGGUUCAGACAUUAGCACGGUCUAUUGACGAGGCUUUGAGCGGCUGGAGUUCUACUAGAGACGGGGAAGGAGAGAAGUCCUCUGUGGCCCCGCCCUCUGGAUCCCAUCCCGAGGGGCUCCUGAUGGACCCCAAUACCCUACAGGAGGCCCCACCAGGGGGCUGUGGGGAGAACUUACCCCGCAGCGCCAGUAAACUCAUGAUGGCUUUCAGGGAUGUGACUGUUCAAAUUGAUAACCACAACUUUCGCCUCUCCUCCUCCUCCAUGCUGGAGUCAGUUUCCCUUGGUAACGGCAUAUCCAAGGAGACCGGCUCUGAAGCCCAAACAGGGGGAAAGAUCGCAGGCCAAUCGGCAUCGUCAGCCACGGCGAUGCCUGAGUUUCCACCUCCGCCUCCCAGCGAGGAAGAGAAAGAGAACCAACAGCCAACCGGAUCGGAUGCAGCAGCGACAGCAGGGGCGGGCCUGGAGGGGAAACAGACCAAUCAGAUUGCUCCCGAGACGGCGGAAAACAGCUCAGAGCCUGUCAGUAGCAGCAGCACCUCGACAUCAGCGUGCGAGACGAUGAUUCUGUCUCUGCCCCGCCCACACUGCCAGGACACACCCUGCGGGACGCUGUCGACAGAUAUCGCACGCAAACGCCUUUACCGUAUUGGACUCAACCUCUUCAAUGUAAAUCCAGACAAAGGCAUCCAGUUCUUGAUAUCCAGGGGCUUUAUUCCAGAUACCGCCAUUGGUGUGGCUCACUUCCUGUUGCAGAGGAAGGGUUUGAGCCGACAGAUGAUUGGAGAGUUCCUCGGUAACAGCAAAAGGCAGUUCAACAGAGAUGUGUUAGACUGUGUGGUGGAUGAGAUGGAUUUUUCAAUGCUGGAGCUGGAUGAAGCUCUGAGGAAGUUUCAGGCUCACGUGCGAGUGCAAGGAGAAGCUCAAAAAGUCGAGAGACUCAUUGAAGCAUUCAGUCAGAGAUAUUGUAUGUGUAACCCUGACGUGGUGCAACAGUUUCAUAAUCCCGACACAAUCUUCAUCUUGGCCUUUGCCAUCGUGCUGCUGAACACAGACAUGUACAGUCCCAACAUAAAACCAGAGCGCAAGAUGCUGCUGGAAGACUUCAUACGCAACCUACGAGGAGUGGACGAUGGGGCAGACAUUCCACGGGAGAUGCUAGCCGGGAUUUACGAGCGGAUUCAGCAAAGGGAGCUGCGCUCUAAUGAGGAUCAUGUGACCUACGUUACCAGGGUGGAGCAAAGUAUUCUUGGAAUGAAGACGAUACUGUCAGUUCCUCACCGUAGGCUGGUGUGCUGCAGUCGACUCUAUGAGGUCACCGAUGUAAAUAAACCGCAGAAACAGGCUUCACAUCAGAGAGAGGUGUUCCUCUUCAAUGACCUGAUAGUGAUCCUAAAACUAUGCCCUAAGAAGAAGAGUGCCGCAACAUACACGUUCUGCAAGGCCAUGGGUUUACUGGGAAUGCAAUUCCAUCUGUUUGAGAAUGAGUAUUACCCUCAUGGAAUCACGAUAUUGUCUCCGUUCUCGUCGGAGAAGAAGCAGGUGGUGAGUUUCUGUUCUCAGAGCUCAGAGGAGCUGCUCAAGUUUGUAGAGGACCUGAGAGAGAGCAUCGCAGAGGUGGCAGAGAUGGAACAAAUUCGGAUUGAGUGGGAACUAGAAAGACAACAGGUUGUGAGAAAUCAAACUAACAAGAACGGCACACAACUAGACAUCCACGCUGGAUCUAGUUCUGCUUCAGGGGAUGAUUUUUAUGAGAAAACAGGAAGCAACACAGUAGAGGUGUCAAUUCACAACAGGCUCCAAACAUACCAACUCAGCUCUCCUCUGGCCCCACCCAGCGCUCAGCAACACCUGGCCGUCCUGCCUAGCCCCGCCCCUGGCUCCACCCUCACCAUCUCCCCAGACACCCUGAUCCAGUGCCAGCAGAUCGUCAAGGUGAUCGUCAUGGAUGCCGCCGGGCGUGGCCACGUGGAGGCGUUCCUCAGCCACAACCCCGCCCACCGCCUCAUCCAAUCGGCUGUGUCCACGCCCACAGGUCACGGAGGGGGCAAGCAGCAGCCGCCCCUCCCACCCCCGCCGCCUCCUUAUCAUCACCCGCAUCAGUUUUGCCCCCCGACCCCUCCACCACCACGCCACCUGCUGAGCCAGCGCAGGUACUCCAGCGGGACACGCAGCCUAGUUCAGACAUUAGCACGGUCUAUUGACGAGGCUUUGAGCGGCUGGAGUUCUAUUAGAGACGGGGAAGGAGAGAAGUCCUCUGUGGCCCCUCCCUCUGGAUCCCAUCCCGAGGGGCUCCUGAUGGACCCCAAUACCCUACAGGAGGCCCCACCAGGGGGCUGUGGGGAGAACUUACCCCGCAGCGCCAGUAAACUCAUGAUGGCUUUCAGGGAUGUGACUGUUCAAAUUGAUAACCACAACUUUCGCCUCUCCUCCUCCUCCAUGCUGGAGUCAGUUUCCCUUGGUAACGGCAUAUCCAAGGAGACCGGCUCUGAAGUCCAAACAGGGGGAAAGAUCGCAGGCCAAUCGGCAUCGUCAGCCACGGAGAUGCCUGAGUUUCCACCUCCGCCUCCCAGCGAGGAAGAGAAAGAGAACCAACAGCCAACCGGAUCGGAUGCAGCAGCGACAGCAGGGGCGGGCCUGGAGGGGAAACAGACCAAUCAGAUUGCUCCCGAGACGGCGGAAAACAGCUCAGAGCCUGUCAGUAGCAGCAGCACCUCGACAUCAGCGUGCGAGACGAUGAUUCUGUCUCUGCCCCGCCCACACUGCCAGGACACACCCUGCGGGACGCUGUCGACAGAUAUCGCACGCAAACGCCUUUACCGUAUUGGACUCAACCUCUUCAAUGUAAAUCCAGACAAAGGCAUCCAGUUCUUGAUAUCCAGGGGCUUUAUUCCAGAUACCGCCAUUGGUGUGGCUCACUUCCUGUUGCAGAGGAAGGGUUUGAGCCGACAGAUGAUUGGAGAGUUCCUCGGUAACAGCAAAAGGCAGUUCAACAGAGAUGUGUUAGACUGUGUGGUGGAUGAGAUGGAUUUUUCAAUGCUGGAGCUGGAUGAAGCUCUGAGGAAGUUUCAGGCUCACGUGCGAGUGCAAGGAGAAGCUCAAAAAGUCGAGAGACUCAUUGAAGCAUUCAGUCAGAGAUAUUGUAUGUGUAACCCUGACGUGGUGCAACAGUUUCAUAAUCCCGACACAAUCUUCAUCUUGGCCUUUGCCAUCGUGCUGCUGAACACAGACAUGUACAGUCCCAACAUAAAACCAGAGCGCAAGAUGCUGCUGGAAGACUUCAUACGCAACCUACGAGGAGUGGACGAUGGGGCAGACAUUCCACGGGAGAUGCUAGCCGGGAUUUACGAGCGGAUUCAGCAAAGGGAGCUGCGCUCUAAUGAGGAUCAUGUGACCUACGUUACCAGGGUGGAGCAAAGUAUUCUUGGAAUGAAGACGAUACUGUCAGUUCCUCACCGUAGGCUGGUGUGCUGCAGUCGACUCUAUGAGGUCACCGAUGUAAAUAAACCGCAGAAACAGGCUUCACAUCAGAGAGAGGUGUUCCUCUUCAAUGACCUGAUAGUGAUCCUAAAACUAUGCCCUAAGAAGAAGAGUGCCGCAACAUACACGUUCUGCAAGGCCAUGGGUUUACUGGGAAUGCAAUUCCAUCUGUUUGAGAAUGAGUAUUACCCUCAUGGAAUCACGAUAUUGUCUCCGUUCUCGUCGGAGAAGAAGCAGGUGGUGAGUUUCUGUUCUCAGAGCUCAGAGGAGCUGCUCAAGUUUGUAGAGGACCUGAGAGAGAGCAUCGCAGAGGUGGCAGAGAUGGAACAAAUUCGGAUUGAGUGGGAACUAGAAAGACAACAGGUUGUGAGAAAUCAAACUAACAAGAACGGCACACAACUAGACAUCCACGCUGGAUCUAGUUCUGCUUCAGGGGAUGAUUUUUAUGAGAAAACAGGAAGCAACACAGUAGAGGUGUCAAUUCACAACAGGCUCCAAACAUACCAACUCAGCUCUCCUCUGGCCCCACCCAGCGCUCAGCAACACCUGGCCGUCCUGCCUAGCCCCGCCCCUGGCUCCACCCUCACCAUCUCCCCAGACACCCUGAUCCAGUGCCAGCAGAUCGUCAAGGUGAUCGUCAUGGAUGCCGCCGGGCGUGGCCACGUGGAGGCGUUCCUCAGCCACAACCCCGCCCACCGCCUCAUCCAAUCGGCUGUGUCCACGCCCACCAGGUCACGGGAGGGGGGCAAGCAGCAGCCGCCCCUCCCACCCCCGCCGCCUCCUUAUCAUCACCCGCAUCAGUUUUGCCCCCCGACCCCUCCACCACCACGCCACCUGCUGAGCCAGCGCAGGUACUCCAGCGGGACACGCAGCCUAGUCUGA